UUCACAAUAACGACCUGCAGCUCAAACAUCAGUCAUUUUGAAAAACUGCACCAGGGAGCUGAAAGUGCUAAUGGCAGCUGUUUAAAUUCAGAAAAAUGUACAGUACACUACCGCUCUCAAUGAAAGGAGCAGAAUUGAUCGAUGGCUCCGUUCAUUCACUUUCCCAACCGCCCCCAUUUCAUCAAAAUGGCGUGACCUAUGGCUGCUGCCCAACUGGUGGAGCACAGAGGGUUCCCCGCCACAGAGGAUAUAAAUACAUGGAGAGCGAGCAAUUACCUAGAAGCAUUUACCCUCUCAUCGUCUCUGUUGGACACCAGGCUCAAAAGAUCUCUGACACCAUGAAAGGUUUGAGGACCAUCACAUUAAGUUAUGUACUCACCCUUUUACUACUGGCGUCCUUUAUUGCACAGUCGUGGAGUGCACCGAAGGGCUCUUUCCAACGGAGAAACUGGACCCCGCAGGCUAUGUUGUACCUCAAGGGCACUCAGGGACGCAGAUUCAUCUCAGAAGACCGAAAAGAAGGAGAUGUCUAUGACACAUUACACUUAGAGACCCGCAGUCAGAACACAGAGAAACUGAGCGUGGAUCAGGCUGCCACUGUCCUGCUCAAUUUCCUGCAGCAGACCAGAGAGGGAGCCGAUGAAAACCCAAAUGACGUGUAUUUCCAGGAGCUGCCGGUGUGGAAGAGAGAAUAUUUCUGAUUUUUGAAUACAAGGUGUUCGGUUCUUUGUGAGGGAGAAGAACAGCUGUUUUGUAAAUAUGAAUUCUCUGACUACGUUUGAAAUGUGAUGUUUUAAUAAAAAGAGUAUGUAUUCAUAGCACUAUUA